AUGGAGCGCAAACACAAGCCCUCGACCAUCCCCAUCUCACCCUCCCUUCCCCAAGCCGCGGUCGACGUCUCGGACUAUACCGUCAAAGCCACCCUCCCUUCCCGUGACACCGUUACCAUCAACCUUUUCGGCGCCACCGUCACGUCUUGGACCCUCGCGUCGGGAGAGGAACAACUCUUUUUGUCCUCGGCCGCCAAACUGGACGGCUCCAAAGCCAUCCGCGGCGGCAUCCCCAUCGUGUUCCCCGUCUUUGGCCCGCCAUCAAAGGAUCACGCUACAGGGAAAUUACCCCAGCACGGGUUCGCCAGGUCGGUGCUGUGGGAGUUCUUGGGGAAGAACACUUCGGAGAGUCGGAGUGGGAAGAAAGGAGGUGAUGAGGAGGUCAAGCUCGAUUUCGGGUUGAGCUCCGGCAUGUUGCCAGAGGAGAUGAGGCAGAAAUGGCCGUACGAGUUUGGAUUGGUGUAUAGUGUUACGCUGGGAAAAGACACCUUGGAGACGGGGCUGCAUGUGCAGAAUACGGGUGGCGAGGUCGUUGAGUUUCAGGCGCUUUUUCAUAAUUAUCUCAGGAUCGAGGACAUCUCCCAGAUCUCCAUCCACGGCCUCUCCACCUCCCCAUAUGUCAACAAAACCACCUCCCCGCCCUCCAUGAUCUCUCCUUCCUCUUCUUCGGAGCCCCUAACCCUGACAUCAGAAACCGACCGCGUCUAUUCCUCCCUCAAACCCUCCGAUCCAGUCACCGUCCAGCAAUCCGACAAGACCAAAUUCAUACUCACCCGGGAAGGGCUGACAGAUUGCACGGUCUGGAAUCCGUGGCAGAAGGGCGCAGAAGGGAUGGGCGAUUUCGAGCCUAAAGAUGGAUGGAGGCAGAUGAUUUGUGUGGAGCCUGGCGCGGUGAGCGGGUGGGUGAGACUGGAGGCUGGGGAUGCGUGGGAGGGUGGACAGGUUAUCAAGGCAGAUUGA